CCCCAGAAGGAAGCAGCUCGUCCUACAACUUGCUGACAUGAUGCUGGUAGCCCGUCUCUCCAGACCCUUGUCGCAGCUCCCAGGAAGAACUCUAAGUGUCUGUGAUCGAGAGGAUGGGACGAGACACACGCUCUGGUUUUACCCAGGCUCCUUCACCACACCCACCCGUCGGACAUAUGCCAGUGAGGCAAAUUCACAGGCUAGUGGCAAAGCUGUCCUCAUCACGGGCUGUGACUCGGGAUUCGGGUUCUCUUUGGCCAAACAUCUACACUCAAAAGGUUUCCUUGUAUUUGCUGGCUGCUUAAUGAAGGACAAAGGUGAUGCUGGGGUUAAGGAGCUGGACAGCUUGAACAGUGACCGACUGAGAACCAUCCAGCUCAAUGUCUGCAACAGUGAGGAGAUAGAGAAAGCAGUGGAGACCAUCCGCUCCGGCCUGAAGGACCCUGAGAAGGGAAUGUGGGGCCUGGUUAACAAUGCGGGCAUCUCAACGUUUGGGGAGGUGGAGUUCACCAGCAUGGAGACAUACAAGGAGGUGGCGGAAGUGAACCUCUGGGGCACCGUGCGCACAACAAAAUCCUUCCUCCCCCUUCUCCGAAGAGCCAAAGGCCGUGUUGUUAACAUCAGCAGCAUGCUGGGCCGCAUGGCCAACCCAGCCCGCUCGCCGUACUGCAUCACCAAGUUCGGGGUAGAGGCUUUCUCUGACUGCCUACGCUAUGAGAUGCACCCUUUGGGCGUGAAGGUCAGUGUGGUGGAGCCCGGCAAUUUCAUUGCCGCCACCAGCCUCUAUAGCCCCGAGCGUAUCCAGGCCAUCGCCAAGAAGAUGUGGGAUGAGCUUCCUGAGGUCGUGCGCCAAGACUACGGCAGGAAGUACUUCGACGAGAAGAUCGCCAAGAUGGAGACCUACUGUAACAGCGGCUCCACAGACACGUCCUCCGUCAUCAACGCCGUCACACACGCCCUGACAGCCGCCACCCCCUACACCCGCUACCAUCCCAUGGACUACUACUGGUGGCUGAGGAUGCAGAUCAUGACCCACUUCCCAGGAGCCGUCUCGGACGCCAUCUACAUACACUGAAGAGCUGAAGAGGUCCCUGUGGCCUCUGCCAGGGAAUCUGGUGGGAGGGAGAAGGCUGAGGGGAGGGAGUUUGUACAGUUACCUUUUGAUUACCCGGGGGUGGGUUACCCGCUGUCUUAGGAAGACCUAGUUUAUCACUAACCUUACUUGUUCACGUGGUGAAUGGUUUGGGCCUUCACAGAGGUGGGGCACAGGUGGGUGGCCCUAAGCCUCAGGGCCAACAUGGUGCUUCUGUCUCUCUCAAGUUGAUUUUAUACAGAGAUUUGUGGGAAAUGCCUUUGUAUUAAAAACAGAUUAUUAGAAUAGAA